UAAAAGAAGCAGAAAAGGAAAUAGAUCCGUGUCUGCAGGUGGAGGAAACAAAGCCUGCUCUCUGCUGCAUGUGAGCGGAUCAUCACUGGAGAAGAAGUCCGCCUAUAAAACGCGAUAUGGGCCAACAUAUGGGGGCCAGCCCCGGGUCAGUGCUCAGUUCUUUCUUUAUUCUGUAUUAUGAGCAGGCGGCUGUUUAGAGGAGCUAGUUCCUGUCCAGAGAGGAGGCGGAGGAGGCGGAGGAGGAGGAGAGACACACAGAAGGGUGUCGACGGAGAGAGGCAGGGGUAGAGGAGAAGAGGAGGGGAGGAAGAAUAAUAGAGUAAUAUUACAAGCUUCCAAUAAUGGCGGCUAAAUCGGACGGGGUCCUGAAGAUAAAGAAGAGCGACGUUGCCUUCACCCCGUUGCAGAACUCGGAGCACUCCGGCUCGGUGCAGGGGCUCCACCCGGGAGCCCAGCCCGACUCUGCGGGCACCGGGGACUUCGCGAACGGGGAGUCGCGGUGCUGCGGCGGGGGAGGCUCUGGCUCGACGUGCCUCCGCCUGGUGAGAGAGCAGCAGAGGUACACGGUGUGGGACUGUCUGUGGAUAGUAGCCGCAGUUGCAGUGUAUCUUGCGGAUGUCGGCACCGACGUGUGGCUGUCGGCGGACUACUACCUCCGCGGCGAAUACUGGUGGUUCGGCCUGACGCUCUUCUUCGUGGUGCUGGGCUCCUUCUCCGUGCAGCUGUUCAGCUUCAGAUGGUUCGUCCACGACUUCAGCACCGAGGACGGCUCGGAGUCCUCCGUGGAUUGCUCCCACAUGGAUGGGAACAAGCUGCUGAGCGGCUCCGCCUCACACGGGGAUGUGACUGCGCAGCACCACCCGGCCACGCCGCAGAGACAGGCGUCGACCGCCAGCAAGAACACCACCACCAACAGCACCAGCAGCACCGCGGCGGGCCGGGGAAGGAAGCGUCCGGCCUACUACUCCUUCUGCGUGUGGAGCAGCCAGUCCGUCAUCCACAUCUUUCAGCUGGGCCAGAUAUGGAGGUAUUUCCACACCAUCUACCUGGGCGUUCGGAGUCGUCAGAGUUCUGAGACGGAGCACUGGCGCUACUACUGGAGGAUGGUGUAUGAGUUUGCAGAUGUGAGCAUGCUGCAUUUACUGGCCACCUUUCUGGAGAGCGCUCCACAACUGGUGUUGCAGCUGUGCAUCAUUAUACAGACACAUAAGCUCCAGGCUGUGCAAGGGAUGACAGCGGCAGCCUCCCUGGUCUCUCUGGCCUGGGCCCUGGCCUCCUACCAGAAGGCGCUACGGGAUUCUCGGGACGACAAGAAGCCCAUCAGCUACCUGGCCGUCAUCAUCCAGUUCUGCUGGCACUUCUUCACCAUCGCUGCCAGGGUCAUCACUUUCGCCCUGUUCGCCUCUGUGUUUCAACUCUACUUCGGCAUCUUCAUUGUGCUGCACUGGUGCAUCAUGACCUUCUGGAUUGUCCACUGCGAGACAGACUUCUGCAUCAGCAAGUGGGAGGAGAUUGUGUUUGACAUGGUGGUGGGCAUCAUCUACAUCUUCUCCUGGUUCAACGUCAAGGAGGGACGGACAAGGUGUCGGCUCUUCAUAUACUACCUGGUGAUUCUGGUGGAGAAUGCUGCUCUCAGUGCGUUGUGGUACCUCUACCGCUCGCCCCACACCACUGACGCCUUCGCAGUGCCAGCUCUCUGCGUCAUCUUCAGCAGUUUCCUCACCGGAGUGGUUUUCAUGCUCAUGUACUAUGCCUUUUUCCAUCCCAACGGGCCUCGCUUUGGCCGCUCGCCGAGUGGCCAGGCACUGGACCUGGACCCCACUGCUCAAUUCUCCACGCUACCGUCCGAAGGUGCCACCAACUCGCUUCGUUCCAACCGGGGUGCCACCACAACUCUGGAGCGCGACAUGGGGAAGUAUUCCGAGCGGGACGGCUGCAUGCCAGUUUUUCAGGUCCGACCCCCAGCGCCAUCCACGCCAUCGUCCCGUGCUCCGCGCCUCGAUGAGACCGUCAUAAAGAUCGACCUUUGCAGGAACCGCUACCCUGCGUGGGAACGCCAUGUCCUCGACCGCAGUAUACGCAGGGCGAUCCUGGCCAUAGACUCCUCACCGACUCCUCCGCGGCUGCAGUACAAAGACGACGCUCUGGUGCAGGAGCGGUUAGAAUAUGAGACCACGUUGUAGUUCCACUGCUCUCAGAACCCAAAGAGGGGUGCUGCGGUCAGAGGAUUAUCCUGCUAUCACAAGAACAGCAACAGGGUCUGUGGCAAUAACAAUUUGUUACUACCAACAAUCUCACGUUCCAUCUCUCAUUACCCCUUUUCUUUUUCUAUUCCGUAGCACCACCAAGGAUGAAAGACGGUAAGCAACGUGUAGGAGUUUUGACCACGGCAAGAAGCGAUUACUCUAUAGACCGUUUUGACUGAAUUACAUUGCUAUGCUACAGCUCGGGUCUAUGACUACUUCCUGUCAGGUUAUGUUAUUAACUUAGACUGCAACACGAAAUUAACUGGGACACUUUUAGAAUGUUUAUGUUUACAACUGUGAAAGGGUCUGUAAUUGCCCAAUGUGACACAGUGACCAUAAAUAUUGUGUGUUCCAAACAUUUUCUUCUUUGGCCUAGACAUUCCAUUAUUCUGGGAUGAUGAUGGUCUUCACUGGAAAAAGGUCAUAAAGAACUGAAAUAGUAGCAUCUAUACAUAGUCAUUGUGUUUUGUUUGGGUACAAUUAACCAAACGUGGCAGGAGGGAAGGAUGGGAAGCGACAAAGAUGAGGUGAAAGCUGGACAGACACAACCUCACUGUUCUCCUAUAAGAGAUAAGUCAAACUCAAACAAUGCCAAAAAAAUAUCUUCCUGGCAGCUCAACUCAACUACUUGCAGUCCGGCCUCAUAAACAUGGCUGUGCUAUGACCUUUGUGGAGGUGAUUGUGGGGGGUGGGGAUCAGGAGACACAAGCAAAAGCGCCGAGAUGAAAAUGGGAAGGAAGACACAUAACAGUCAUCUCAGCCAAACUACACCAACCACCAGGAGAUCUCUGAUACUACAUGCAGCAUUUGUUUACUUUAGAGAUGACGUAGAGGGUACUGAAGUCAUUGUUUGUGGUUUGAGUGUCCAGAGUCUGCUUUUUCUUUCAUAAACACACGUCAUCUUCUGGGCAAAAUGUUCCAGCAGCUUUUAACAUUGUAACACCGAGCCACACAACACAGGUUAGCAUGGUGCUGGCUUAGGAAUGCUAACAAAGUGUUUUUUGAUUAGCUGACAUCCCACAUUAAGAGCUUGAUAUAAGACCACCAUUGUACCACAUAUUAUUUUUAGGAAAGGGUAUCUGAUGGAAUCCAGACAUUUUCAGAGGGAUGCCUAAUGCACAGACAAAAAACAAAAAUAGCAGGUGGGGGCUAGUAACAAAGUGUACCUGUACCAAAUUAGACUACAUUUUAGGUGAAGUAACAAAGGAAAAAUAAUAUAUCUUAAUGGAAGUUUGAGAUUAUGUUAGCACGGAUGCUAAACUCUACAGAGAGGGCUGAUGGAGACUUACUUCUAUACAUACAUACAUACAUACAUACAUACUGUAAGGUUCUUUAUACAGUAUUCAAAACAUUAGUAUAGUAGCAACGAUGUACUAUGCAAAGAUAUAGUGGUUUCUGUGUGUUGUAAUUCGAGCUCCUCCGUGCUUUCAUAAGGAGCCAGUCAGGCAGGGUGUGCAUGCUAGCGCAUGUGAGUCCUGUGUUUGGCUAGCUAAUGGUCACUGUUCUGCACUGCGCUUACACGGAGGUUGGCUGUUACGUUUUCUAAACAUCCUCGUCCUUACCCACAGGAUGUUGCACAAACUCAGAAAUCAGCCACCCUUCGUUUCUCCCUCAGGUUAACACUGUUAGCUCUGUUAGCUUUCCCUGCUAGCACCAUUAGCUUAACCCUCACCAUGUUGAGAGCUGUGUGGAGGCAAUCCCUCAAUCAUAAAUAUGCUCUGAAUUCCUCAUUGAGAACCUUUAUUGAGAUAGAGGUGGACUUCAGUUUAGCUGUGUCGCCCACUGAAGACCUUUUGAAGUAGACGAUAACAUUAUAGUAAUGCAGCCACUAAGUUGUACUACAAUUCCUACCAUAAUGUUUUCCCAUAAAAUGAACACCUGGGUGAUUAAAGUGUUAAGGUUCCAUCAGAUCAGCAGCAUGACAUUGAUGUCCUGGAUAAGGGCAAGAUAGUA